AUUCAAAUAACGUUUUCACUUGCCAAGCACAGCGAGCACUUUUCAUUUCAUCUUCAUCAUUUUUAUUCGGUUAUUUUUCACGUGCACAGGAUACUGAUUAUCUGAUACCCUCGAGGAUACACUUUCCAGUGAAAAAUUUAACAGGCGAGCUACUGAACAAUAACAUUGAUUUGUUCAACAAAAGUUACGUUCUGAAUACAGUCAGAUACGAUAUUGAACGCGUAGACAAAUUUUCGGAACACCGAGUUAUAAGAAACUUGGAGGUUCUUCAUUUUGUAAGUAAGGCGUCUUUAUUUUCUAUUUAUGUAAUUAUGUGCUUUUGUUGAUAUCGCAUCACAGGUAAACCUCGUUAACCAAUACCCCGGAUACACUGCGUCAACCUACAGUGUCAUAUCGGACGGUUAUGAUUUGAGAUUACACAGAUUGCAAAGUACCAGGAGAAGUAGAGAGUCAGCGAACGGAAAGAAACCUGUCGUCAAUACAUACAGCAUGGGCUGUUUAUGUCGUCGGAUUGCUUCGUUCUACAGGGACCUGAUAAAAAUCUAGAUAUUAUUUAUUCAUGUGACAUAAACUUUUACGAUUUACGCAUGAAUCCAUGUCAAUUCGUAUCGGCUCAGCUUUUAUUUUGGUAGAUGCCGGAUUCGAUGUUUGGUUGGGUAACGCCAGAGGUAACGCAUACUCGAGAUCGCACGAAUUAAUAUCCCCGAGUGACCACGAAUUUUGGGAUUUUAGCUUCGAUGAAAUAAGAAAAAAAGAUUUUCGGCCUCCAUUGAGAAGGUGAUCGAGAAGGUGAUUGAGAAGGUAUCAAUUGGGUGCAACGGAAGGUUUCAUUUACCUCAUCGAUAAAGCGGAACUCUUGUCAGCCUGAUCUUGGGAUGAUCUAGCCGUUGCACCAGGCUGGAAAUGCACUUUGCUUGAAAGUUAUCGAGUCCUUUUAUGGCUCGCAUGUGCCUGUUAAUGACUUUGCCUACGUCGAUAUCCUGAAAUACUUUCCUUCUGGUGUGUCGAAAAAAAUGAUUUUACAUCUGCUUGAAAACAUCGAGUCUAGUACAUUCCGUUCUGCUGCAAGUGAAUCCUUGUGGAGCUGGGAAGGAAAAGAAGAAUAUGACUUGUCAAAGGUUACAGUACCUGUUGUCAUAUACGAUAAAGAGAGUCCCAGUAGCUUCGUUAAAUCACUGAUUCCAAAUGCAGUGAUUAAUUGAAUCAAUGAAGAUUUUGAUAUCUUAUGGCCGAAAAGUCAUCCAGUCAUAAUUCAGAACCAUCUGGUAAAUUUGUUAAAAAACUAUGAUUCUUAAAGAAAGCUUGUAUCCGUUGAAAAUCAAUGUAUAAUCUAUAAUUUAUGCAGCAUAAUUCGACAUCUUGAGAUAAAAUCACUAUUAAAAUAUUGUACAUACAAAAAAUCGAUAAAUAAUUUUUUAUUGUAAAUUAAUAAAAUUAAAAUGAUGCGGGUGAUAACGCGAAAAAAUAGGAAAGUGGAUGUAUCAACUUUUUAUCCGAGACAUAAACAGAAGAAAAGACAUAAAUUCUAUUUUGAAAAGGUUUUGCAAGUAUAUUAGAAGCGUAUCAAAGCAUCUCAGCGUUUAUAUUCAUAGUCUCAUCAAAAGGUUCCGUCCCACUAUAAAAUAUAAAGUAUCUGCAUUUGAAAUUAAAAUUCUCUUCCUCUAACACGUGAUAAUGGCUUUACGAGUGCGACCAAAAAGUCGUAAAGCCGUUCACGAAAAAAAUCGUUCUUCCGUGUCAAUUUGAAUACGUGUGAUUCUGGAUUUUCCAUUUCUGGAAUUCAUAUGAGCAUAUUUAAACUUUAGAUAUGAUGAUUUUCAAUCAUUGUAUUAGCCUCUUUCGCAGAUUCGCAACUAGCUGUAUAGAGCGCCGAAAAAUCUUGGACUUCUUGGCUUGCAGUUGUUAAAUUGAGGAAAAGAGGAUCCACGGUGAAAGUGCGAGAUUGCGCGACAUGGAAAUUAAAGUGAUCGUAGUUGCAUUCUUCGUACUUUGCUUAGAGCUUAGUUUUUGUUUACGGUUCGAAGACCUGCUACCUAUCAAAUAUGACAUUGUUAAAGUGAGAAACGAAAGUCAGAUGAAAAGUCUUGGAAAUCGUUAUGGGAUUCUUGACUUUAUCGGGCUUGUCGAACGUCACGGCUAUACGGCGGAAGAGUACAAGCUGACGACAUGGGACGGCUAUAUUUUGGUAUUGCACAGGAUUACCGGUAGUCCGUUAAAUCCGAAAGCGCCAGGAAAGCCCGUCGUGUUCUUGCAGCAUGGGAUUUUAUGUUCCAGCGACACUUUUGUUUUAAUUGGACCUGGUAAAGACCUAGCAUUUCUCCUAGCAGAUGCUGGUUACGAUGUAUGGCUUGGAAACGCCCGAGGUAACACUUACUCCAGAUCUCAUGUUUUCUUAUCACCGAAACAGAAAGAGUUUUGGGAAUUCAGCUAUCAUGAAACCGGCCUGAUUGAUUUGUGUACCUCGAUCGAUUACGCGCUUGCGAUGCCCGGACAACGUCGGAUAAUUUUGGUUGGAUAUUCCAUGGGUACAACGGAAAUUUUUGCACUAUUAUCAACGAUGCCGGAAUACAACGCAAAAAUUAGUCUGGUGAUUAGCCUUGCACCAGUCGUGUUUUGGACGCAUAAACUACCUAUCUUGAUGAAAUUAAUAAUCGACAACGCCAAGGCUGUUCAGAAUUUCAGCGAGCAGUUUCAUUUUUACGAUGUAUUACCGCAAUCGUCAAUCAUGGGAAAUUGAGCAAAAACCUUUUGUAGCGACAGAAUGCGAGAAAUCCAAUUAAUCACUUGCACGACAUUUUUUAUAUUAGUGGCUCCUAUUUUCGACGUGCAAAGAUUUAAUAUGGUAAAUAUUUCUUUCAUAUUCCAUUUCAGAGCGCAUAUCCGACCGUUCUGUCAUAUUUUCCCGCUGGAAGCUCAUUUCAAUCCUUUGCGCACUACAUGCAGAACAUUAUUACGGGUGAAUUCCAAAUGUACGAUUACGGUACAGGGAUGAAUUACAAAAAGUAUUCAAAGUCCACACCGCCGUUCUACAAUUUAACGCGGGUUACUGCUCCGGUAGCACUGUUUUAUGGAAAAAAUGACUAUUUCACAUCGACCGAGGACAGCUUAUUUUUGGAAAAAUUUUUGCCAAACCUCGUACUAUCGCAAAAAGUGCCCAACGAGAAAUUUAAUCAUUUGGAUUUUCUUUGGGCGAAAGAUACCAACAAUUUACUAUACAUGAGUGUUAUGUCUUUGAUACACCAGUAUACGUGGAGUUAAAUUCACUUCACUCUAGAAUUUUUAUGCCAUAUAUUCUAUUGAAUUUCAAUAUGUCUUCAAUUCUUCGAUUUUUAAUUGAAAGCAGUAUAUUGUAGCUAGGUAUUGUAUUGAGAAAUUGCGACUGAGAAAUUAGUAUGAUAAGUUAUAUAUUUAAGCUAUAUGUUAGAAAGUUUAAUUAUUAAGAAACUCUAGGAAAUGUUUUUACAUCAUGAAAAUCGCUACAAUUGUUAAUGUACUGAAAUAUCAGACUGAAAAAGCCUCCAUUAAUUUACAGUAAACAAACCGGAAGUCUUCCUUAUUCUAGUACUUAUAAAUAGCGAGUCACCAAAACCGGUUUCACGAAAUGAAAAUUCUAUACGUAUCAUCGAUGUAUCAAAAUAAGUCAGGUUCCGAUACGUAAAUUGCAUAAAAAAUAUCGAAACGCAGUAUUUUUCCAAGACCACGACAAUUUUCACCAUAAAAUCGGUCAUUCACCUGAUAAUCGUAAAAUUCGAAUCGAUUAAAGAACUUCUAAUCAAAGACAAUCUAUACAAAAAGCCUGCAUUAGCGCGAAAAAUUCCCAAACGAAUCCCAAAUACACCGAACAAGCAAAUGCUCUCAACUUGUUUAUAGAACCUCACAGCAGUAUACGCAGAGCCGCGCGCGAGUGUUAUAAUAUCAAUGUAUACAGUGACUCUCGUCAAGAGGAUAACAAACAAACACACGAGCGAUCGUCGGCGGCGCCUCGGCAUAGAGUGCAAAAAUAAAAACGCAUAGCCAGCUCACACACACGCAGAGGAUAUAGCAGAGUCGGAACUCUUUCUCUCUCUCCACUGUCACUCUGCUCGCGCUCGCUGUCGCGUAAACGCGAAAUUCCUCGUAAAUAUCGCGCGCUAUACUCGCUCAUGCGGCCAUGGCACGUGCCUCUCGUCGUCCGAGCGCGUAUAUAUUGUGCUCUUUCGCGCGGGACGACUACUCAUCAAAACUGAAGAGAGUAUAUACGCAGCUACGUUUUGCCCGACGCUUUUUUCGCGUUAGCACGCUUUGUCGUCGAUUUUAUGUACACGGCGAGACUUGCGAGUUUUUGGAGGAUUUUGCAGGGCUGUAUAGUACAGUACUAUAUAACUCUGUGCGUGUGCAGCAGUAACGCUCGGUCGCUAUCUUUUCUCUCUCUCUCUCUCUCUCUCUCUCUCUCUCUCUCUCUCUCUCUCUCUCUGCGUCGGCACAACGACUAUGCAGGUUUAGUGAGAUCGAGCGAGGAACAACGCCGGCGACGAAAUGAAUCUUCGCGUGCGCGAGAAUUUGAUGACUGCCUUUUUUUCGCUGGAUUGUCGACGCACGCAGCUUUGGUGCUGAGCUUUUUGUUUUGUUCGGCGGUGAGAUUGUUGUGAAUUACCUUGUUUUGUUUUUUCAAAGAUCGAAUUUUUUCAGUGUAGUGUGUAUAAUAUCAAGAAUUGUUUAUAAUAAAUGAGAAUCACUGGGCUGUACAGUAUCUUUGAAAAAUAAUCUUCGGACUUUUGUCAAACGAAAUAAUCAUGUACGCGCAAUCGCAUUCAUAGGAAUAUCUGGCACAACAUGAAGUGGACAGGUUUGUGCGUUAGCUAUACGUUUGUAUGUACGAUCGAGAGGAAUGUGGGAAUUACUCGAUCGUAGCUGAGAUGAUUGAUCGAUGGUGAUCAUAGUUUCACAGUUACAAGUCAUGGAAAAUUUUUCAUGGAAUACUCUUAUCCCAUAAUGAAUUAUUUGUACAUUGUCAUUUCAAUAAAAUUAGAUGAAUGUAAAAAAUUA